AUGGGCUCGGAUGUCGAUCCUUUUAAGGUCGCAGCGGGCUUAGCUGUUGCCGUCGGAGUCGCCGCGAUCGGCGGCGUCGCUGCAGCGGUGACGGUCGGAGGCAUCAUCGUUCUCCGGGAGCAGGGUCAGUUCAUGUUGCCAUGGGAGGACAAGCCCAAGUCUAUCAGGCCAGCGCCGCUGACGGUGCAGCAGUGGAGGGACUGCUUUGACGACGCCACCGGUCGCUUGAAGGGCGGCGGCGAGACGGCUAUCGGCCGUGUCCGGCUUGGGGGAUGCGACGCAGAGAUCAGAGCCGAGGUCUGGCCGUUCCUCCUUGGCCUGUACGAGGCGGAGAGCACGGAGGCGGAGAGGGCGCAGCUGCGCGCGCAGAGGCGCGUGCUGUACGAGGAGAUCCGCGCGAUUGCGGCGCGCGUGGCGGUGAUUGCGCGGCAGGCGGAAGAGGAGGCGACGAGGAGGAUGAAGGAGGAGGAGGAGAGGGAGGAAAGGGAGGAGCGAGAGAGGGAAGAGAGAGAGAGGAAGGAAAGAGAGGAGAGGGAGAGGGAGGAAAGGGAGAGGGAGGAGAGAGAGGAAAAGGAGGGGGAGGAGUCGGAGAGAGGAAGGAGCAACGAAGGCGGCAGCAGUCAGGAGGCGGUCAGGUCCAGCAUCAGAGGGGAUAAUGGCGGCGAUGGUGAUGGAAGUGGGAGUGGGAAUGAGGACGGUAAUGGUAGCAAUGGUGGCGAAAACAGCGGUGUUGGUAACGCGAGCGAUGACGAGUUCAGUGAUGCGGUGUGCGUGGAUUCCGCGUGCGCCAGUCUGUCCGUCUCCACUGAGUCUUUCGCUUUCCCGCCGGAAGAAGCAAUGGAGGCGGCAGCAGCCGCCGGCCUGCCGGAACACGGACACUUAUCGCCGCCCCAAAGGCUGCAUGCCGCCCGGCUGGUGGCGAUUUUGGAGGCAUAUGCGGUGUAUGAUCCUGAGUGGGAGAAGGUAGAAGCGGAGGAGGCAGAGGACAAAGGGCGUGAGGAGGGAGAGCGCAAGGGAGAGGAGGGAGGGGAGGGGGGAAGGGAGCGGUGGGAGAGGGACGUCGAGAGCGCCCCUCUGCUGGACAACGGAUGGGGCGGUGCUUUUGGCUGGGCGGCUGCUGAUAAGAGCUCCAGUUGUUCUGACACCACCAUCACCACCACUGCUGCUGCCGGUGACACCGCCACCAGCAGCAGCAUCAGCGCAAGUAACACAUCUACAGGCAAAGUUACAAGCAGAGACACGAGCAGGGAUACAAGCAGGGAUACAAGCAGGGUGAGCGGCAGUAGGAGGAAGAAGGCAUGGCAGGAGUGCCGGCCGCGGCCGGAUUUCCUGCUCUUUGUGGUGGCCGCCAUUCUGGUGAGCCGCAGGGAGCAGGUGCUGUGCUGCGAGGGGCUGGACGAGGUGCUUCUGCUCUGCAACAGCCUGUCGGGGCAGCUAGACGUGUGGGAGCUCAUGCACUGCGCUCGCCAACUGGCAGCUCGCCUGCCGUAA